AUGGAAGAUUUCAGCGAUAUGUUGUUGUUAACACUUGGGAGGAGGAACAUGACUGUUGAAGACAGGAUCAGCAAGUUACCUGAUGAUCUUCUCCUUAAAAUCAUGUCUUUCUUAAACACCAAGCAGGCGGUUCAAACCUGUGUUUUGUCCAAGAGAUGGAAGCCCCUCUGGCAAUCCCUUCCAAACCUUGACUUCGAUUUCGAUACUUUCCCUUUCCAACAGGAAAUAGAUGACGAAGACAAAGAGGAGGUAGAGAUGAAGAUGUGUUCUUUCAGCAAUUUCAUCAGCCAGGUCCUUUUCCGGCGUUGCCCCACUGACCUUGUCAAGGUUUAUGUCCAAUCUCAUAUCUACGACCCGCAUUGUUUUCUCGUAGACGGAUUGAUUUGUUAUGCUGUUAAACACAAUGUCCAACAACUCACCUUCCAUUCCCGCUCUGAUUGCCAAUAUAUAUUGCCCGAGAGCUUCUGGACUUGUCAAUCAUUGACAUCACUCGAGUUGAAAGGUAGUGAUUGGAUGCCCAUGAAACUACCCACAUUACUGGCUUGUCCAGCUCUUAAGUCUUUGCAUCUUUCUCAUUUCUCGACGGGUGGACCAAACUUUGAACCAACGGCUUUCUCAUGUUGCCCAAAUCUUGAAACUUUGCAACUUUUUGAUAUUUUAACGGUGGGUAGUGAAGGUUUGUGUAUUGAUGCUGAUAAUCUGAGAAGCUUGGUACUUUCAUUUGCAUUUCUUGGUGAAGGUAAGGUUGAGAUUUAUGCUCCCCGACUCACAACCUUUAAGUAUUCUGGUACUCCUCCGAUUGUGUGCUUAACGGAUAACCUUGCAUCUGUCGAUUAUGUAUAUUUUGAUAUAAAGACACCCAAAUUUAGACACAAUGAAGAAGAGUAUGUUCUUCGUUUGAUCAACACCCUUAACGGGUUUCGUCAUGCAAAAUCCUUGACAUUAUCAUCGUCGACAGUGCAGGUUCUCACCAAAGUUCCGUCCUUGCUGGAUCAAAAUGGAUUGCCAUUUGCUAAUUUAAAGCAUCUGAAGAUAAAAGUUAAGAAGUGGCAAAGCAAGAGGUUUGAAAUGCCUGCAUGCAUGGGUAGUUCUAAGGAUAGCAAGUGA